CUUCAACAGACUCAUGAACAGACUUGCUAAAGAACAUGAAUAGGUGUAACUUUUUUCGAACAAGUCCGAACAAGAAAGACAAAGAUGUGAUAUAGCAAGAUGAUCAAGGUAAUUCCCUUGUAAAACCACGAGAAUUGGAUGCUUUCAAGAAGACGACCAACCCCGCGUAAUAUAAAUGAAGAUCGUGCUUCCCGACUUUUCCUGAAACAUUGAAGUAGAGUCUCAACGUACUAAAGAAAGCAAAUUUCCUCAACUUCCUUCUCUUUUCUUCCGCAUGAGUUUUUCUUCUCCUUUGCACUAAAGGACGCAAUCAUGCGGCGUCGAGUCCCGAUUCUAGUACUUGGGCUCGCCGCCUUCAGCAGAGCUGAGCAAUCCGCUAGUGCGGCAAGUCGACCACAUCGUUCACAUGAUGGCUAUGCUAGUAGAUCAGGAGGAUACCUAGACCAGGAGGAGGAAUAUAGUCCAGCUUCAUCAUCAGAUGAGGCGGAAGAUGUAGUUUCCGGGGAAGAGGAAGAGCCGAGUCGGGAGACAAUAGUCGAAGACGGAGAAGAAGACCAAGAAAAAUUAAGGCUUGGGAGUAGUUGACCUAUCAUCUAAGAGCGUCUCUCUGUCUUCCUCAAGUAGGAAAGCCACAGAAGUCAGAUACGCGAGCUAGAGACGCCAACUUUCAACCCCUAAGAAAAGACACUCAGCUACAACUUGCAGAGAUGGGCACCACAGAUGAUCCUCCUGGUGUUGAGGCUGAUGCAAAGGAGGAGGAGUCAUCUUCAGAGUCAGAUGUUGUGGAGAGGGAUGAGAAGACUACUUCUGAAAAGCUUUCUGAAAGUGACGGGUUUGAAGACGACGUGGCAGCUCCUGAAGAAGAUGACUUAGUAGCCUUUGCAGAAGUACUACGAAAUGGAGGUCGUGAAGCUAUAAGUGAAGACGGGCCAGAUGCGCCCGGGGAUGACGUCUUAGGUGGAGAUCAUACGAGAACUACAGCAGAUUCAGAUGAAGAACUCGAAGACGGAGAAUCAUCUAGAUCUAGUUCGUUGAAAGGUGAAACUACUACUAAAGUUGUUACAUCAUCAAAAAAGUCAUCACAGAAAGGUGGAAGAGGUGCCAAGAGUCACAAGGCGUCGAAGAAGAUGAAGAUGCAGGAAGUAUCUUCAAGCGAGGACGAAAAUGAGCAAGAAAAGGUGGAGGACACGGAAGGUGAGGAGCAAGUGCAUCACGAGACGAAAAGCAUUAAGGCGGGCUCUUUUGUUAGUAGCAUACCUAUGAUUUGUAUUUUCAAGACUGGCAGAGGACUAGGAAAUAGGUUGAUUGUGUUUGUGAUUCAAAAUUGAAAUGAUCUCUAACACCCUUCCGCGAGGCAUGAAGGCCGAAGAGGACUUAACCAAGCUUCUCCAAGGCGAUGGAGCUGAGGACGCUUUAGACAAGCUCGAGAAAACCCUCGACAAGAUACUAGAAGAAAAUAGUCAAAGCAGAGAAAAACAUGUUGAGAACAAGAGUCUUCAUGUUGUCGCACAAGAACAACACAAUCAGGAAGUUGAACAUCUUCUAGAUCUUCAUUCUGGUGGGGCAGGAUCAUCUUCAGAGAACAAGAAGGACCAAGAGCAGGUGGCGGAAAAAAUUGCGCCAGUUACUGGUAGCGCUGCCGCUUUUCGACAGGUACAGGAAAGAACCUCCCUCGCAGGUGCUUCCGGUACUACUCAACAGGCGGCGACGCCACCACCGUCGCGACCAUCACCGACGUCGCCUGGUAGCAUGACUGCGACAGCAGUGCAGGCUAACGCUGUUCAGGCUAGUCAAAAAUCUGUGGACCAGAAGAACAAUAUACAACCAGUUGCGGCUAGUGGCGUCGUGCCACCAGUGCAACAGCAGGCUGUUCAACCACGACAACAGCAGGCGCCCGCGCAGGCAAAUCAACAGCAGCCACAACAGCAGCCACAGCAGGUAGUGGCAUCUCAGCAACAGGCCCUAGCAGCUGCCAAGCAACAACCAGCGCCAGGCACUCAGUCACAGCCACAGCAGCCACUACCACAGAGCAACAACGUCAACGGAGCAGCACCCGCGCACCUGACGCAGGAAGAUCUUCAGCAAGUUGCGAAUCUAGUUGCGAAACAGCAGGCGCAACUCCAUCAGCAAUUGCCUAUCUCCUCACAACAACAAAACAAGGUCGAGGAACUCCAGAACGAAAUCAUGGCUCUGAAAAAUGCUGGCAUGCAUGUUCCAGAGGAGUUGUUUCACGAAUUGAAGAGACUGCAUCUUCUGCAACAGCAGCAGUCAUCUCCCUCUGCUGCAGGAGGAGCGCUUCUUCAUGGUGGUACAAAUACCGGCCAUCUAGUGCCUCAUGAUGGGGCAACUAGUGGUGCUUUAAACCUGCUAGCUGAUGAGCAGGAGAAGCUCAGGCAGAAGCGUUUGGAAGCUGAGAGGCGAUACGAGGAGGCUUUGUUGGAUGCCGAGGCCGAGCUGGAAGGGGAAGAGACCUGUCAGAGUCUCUACGAGUCUGGAACGCGAUGCGAAGGCACGCCGAUUCUCAACGGGGAAAAUAACUCCACGAUGGCUGAUGCGGCGACGUUUACCGAUAUCUGCUGCUACGAACCGCCAUCGGUAUACGAUUAAUAUAGUUAGAGGAUGUUGAGGAUGUUGCGGAUGGCCUGUGACUCGAAGUGAAGAGUAGCUGCACUUUUGUUUCCGUUUUGAAAGCUUCUCUUGGAUUUAAUCUACAUCUAGCUACGUUCUGAGUAAAGUAAGACUGCACUUGUUCCAUCCUCCAAAAAUCUUUAGGUGUCCGGUGUCUUCGUAAUCCUACCUGACGACGCUGACACUUUUAUGGCCGAGCAUGCUGCGAGCAACUAUGUGAGCCUGGUUGGGCCAUUUACCUCAGCGUUGUCGGAUCUCAACGUGAAGCAAUCGAAUGUGACGUUUACGGAGGUGGCGGUACUGUUGAUAACUCUAUUAAAUACAUAGUAGAGCAUUACAACUAGGAUUGCUAGGCUUAGAAUAGAUAAUUUUGAUUUUUUGCAACCUUGUUGUUCUAGUAGUUUUCGACUAUGUUAUGUAUUGCGAAUGAUUACAGACGAGAUUUUUUAUCCUGAUCUCCAAAAAAUCAACAGAAAAUCGCGGCAGCGUCUUUUUUGGAUCAAGCUCCGAGACAUCGCAGACACUUACGCCGACAUCGAAGGAAGCGAGGGAACAGGGUACUGCUCACUUUUGUGAAUAGAUUGGAAAGAUGGCACUACCCAAAAGAUUGUCGCACCUUAACGAUAUUAAGCUCAUAGCGAUACAUUCUACUUCUCCAUCUUUCAUCAUCAGCAUCAUCUCCAUCGUGGUUCUCGACGUCCCAAUAUAGUCGAGUUGGCUCAAAAAGCAGAGGUUGGCGCAGAUGGGGACCUGGCUGGUAUUACCCUACAACAAGACCGAGACGCCCUACAACAUAAGAGAAGGCUACAACAUAAGAGAAGACGCGCUCAUGGUCGUGCGUCCUCGCUUGUCGAAGUUGGGAGUCAAGAAAGUGCGGCUGGUAAUAGUACUGCCUCUUCUACGAAGGCUGCUGGAGAGGCUUCUGGAGAGGCUGUUGCAUCCAGUACCACAGCGAGCGCUACAUCUGCAGCAGCUUCUAGUAGCACACACAGCGCUGUUCCUGCUGAAGCAACUUCUCUUGUUGCACCCUCAUCUUCGGUCUCAGCGCAAGAUGCUUCGUCUACACCCGCUCCAGAGAACAAGGGUGUCACUGCUGCGCAAGGAACUCCGACUUCUGCAGGACAGGCAGAAGCACAACUCUCCAAACAGCAGCAAUUCGCCUGGGAGUCGCCUGAGAUCCAAAAGCUUGUUCAGGAGCAGUCAAAUAGUGCUGGCUCUACGGCUUCUGGCGAAGCUUCUAAGGCCUCCUCUCUCCAACAGGUCAACAGCAAGCAUCUGCCGGGGUACUAUUCAUUGGGUCAGCAGGAGCUUGGUGAUAGCAGUUUUCUGAUCAAUGAAGAGGAAGACGGUGAUAGAGCAUCUUCGAGUCGUCGUGAAGACUCCUUCUACAACCGCAACAAGAACAGUCAAGCAGAGCAACAAGAGGACGACUUCAACGCAGACGAAGAUGAAUAUGAUGCACCUGAGACGCCUGAUGAGGAGGCUCCUCAAGGUGAAGAUUACAGUGGCAGUGGGUAUCCUAGCAGUGGACUUCAAGAACAUCUGAGACGCCAACAUGGAAGGCGCAAUCUUCGAGGACAUAAGAAUACUAGACGACACAAGCUUCUACAGGAAGAAGAAGAGGAGUAUUUGAACCUCCAGGACUAUGAUUAAGGCAAAGGCUACAAGAAGUCUCCCAUUUUCGGAAGCAUCAUGGUCCCGUUUGUUAUAAGGGAAGCGGGGCACGAAGAUGCUGGUGCUGAAGAUGGAUUUAUGCUAAUUCUAAUAUGAUGAAGAUGAGGAGGAAGAAGAGGAUCCUUACUACGAUGACAACAGUGCCGCAUUGAUGGAAGCAGCUGGGACGGAUAAAGUGCAGCUGCAGUAUCAAAUCCUGUGCAAGAGCCCGGGCCAUGCGAACUCAGUAGCGCAGAAACUGGUAAUAAGUAGAAAAAUGCGAGUAGAUCAUAUCUACUUGUUCUAAAAGUUACAGCCUCGUAGCUGAACUUGUUGUUACCAUAGUAGAUGCGCCUGAGGUUCUUUCACAAAGUUGAACUUCUUCGAUUUCGAUAGCGUCGCAAAAAUAUUGAAUCUCUAUUAUCCUUCUCCACAACAUCAACUACAUCAACAUCACAGAUGGGCCCGACCACUUAUGCACUGGUCUGGUCCAUCUGUGAUGUUGAUGUUGAAUUACCAGACAAAAGGUCGGCUUGUGUAAUUAUUUAAGUGUCGCAUGACGUAGAGCCCCCAUCCCAGUUAGGGCCCUUAGUAGGCAAAACUGGCGGGCAAGACGCAUCCCGUUGCAGGAAAGAGUGCUGCUAUCAAUCGUACUGGAAAGAGUGGAGCGGAACUACUGCGGGAAAUUGUAGACCCAGGCACCAAAAGAAAAUAUUGGUGGCCGCGUGAAUGAAUGAACAACAUCAACAUCACAGAUGGACCAGACCACGUAUGCCACGAUUGCGCAGAAUUUUGCUAGUGCCAGUGCAAAUACCGACAACGUCACAUGGGUCUCCGCAGAAGAUCCCGUGGUUUUGCCUCUAUCUGUAUCGUCGGUGACGCCUGACAUCGCCGCUGCAGGUUCGUAUUCGAUCAUCAUGUUUUCAGCAGCUGGAGGAGGAUUGUUCAUGUUACUCUAUGGCGACUGGAGAAAUUUUGUAUCUCUAAUAUCAUUCACGAAGAAAAGGAAAACUGAGCAGGCUUCUUCUAGACGAAGUCAAACAGCGUAGAGUGGCCCUAUAGGAUUCAAUUCAGAGAAGCGAUCACCCCUCGGCCUCUCCUAUCCAUCCUAUCCUAUCCCUUCCCAUGUGAUCUUGAUCUUUCUCUUUCAUUCCUUCCUGUUGGUGACGUGCUGCAAUGACAAUUACGCGGAGACGAGGCCAACUAAUCGCCGCCACAGUCCAGGAGCCCGAUCACCACCUCUAGUCGGAGGUGCAGGCUCUCCAAAUCCUGGCGUGGAUAGGACUGGCGUGGACAGGACAGGUACUUAAAUUCUGACCGAAUUGCUUCGUCUUGGACUUGGUUGCAGGAACGUUAGUAGUUACAGGCAGCUAAUAAACAUUGUUUCACUUGAUUCAUUGGUCAUUGGGUUUGGUCACUGAGAUCGACGAGGAGACCCCUGGAGAGAACAGGGGAAAAUGAUGGAAAAAGGGGAGAGCUUUGAAGGUGGGCCCUUCCGUUCAGAAUCAGUGACCACUGACUGCUGACCUUUGAUAGGGUAGGAACGUUAGUAGUUACAGGCAGCUAAUGGACAUUGUUGCAUUCACUCUCACUCUUCGUAACAACUAAGUAUUUGAAUUCGCUUCCACACGUUAUCCUUACCAUCCAUGCACUCUUUUCAAUUCAGGAACACAGCAGUUCGCCCAGCCUUCGCCUCCACGCGCGGGUGACCAAAACACAGACUCGGAUUUUUGACAAGGCAGUGAAAAAUUUGGAGUCAGGAGGUACGAAGAGCAAGAGACAUACUAGAUGGUAAUGAACACUGAACAAAAACAUGAAAAUGAGAAAAAUUAGUAUCCAGUGGAUGGGAGCAAAACAGUACUUGAAGUAUGUGGGCUUGUUUGAGUGUAGAGUUUAUAAACUAAGACUUGUUAUGGAGAAGAUUGAUAAUGAAGGACAACCACUACUACAGUGAGAUCAUGCAUAAAAUGAAUCCAGAAACUUCUAUUUUUUCUCUAUAGUCUGCAAAAAUGAACGUAUUGCCUUUCUUUUCUUAAUGCUAUUGCUAUCUAAGUAUCUCACUCUUAAAACGCCUGCACAGAACGCCUUGAUAUUUCCUAUCGCAAUCCAGUCUCGUUAAUGAUCAUGUUUACGAAUGAAACGGGACACCAAAACGAAGCUAUUAGUCAUUUACUUGUUGUCGUCUAAGGUCGUUGAGCCGCUUGCUCUUUCGAAGAAAAAGAUAAAUCCCGACAAAAAGAGGGUCACUGAGCUAAGCCCUGCAAGUAGAAAACUUCUCUGAUAAUGAACCGACACUCACGGAACGUCUUGUCAUGUGCAUCGAUUUCACCGGCGCGAACUUCAUUCUUAUAACUACAAACGCAAUCUUCACAAAGGCAGACAAAGUAAGAUAGACAACUCAUCUCUUGACUUUCGAACUGGAGCUUUUUUCUUUUGAUUUUGUUUGAUGAUAGAGACAAGGGCGUGGUUGACGCAAUUCCACGCUAUUUCGAUACCACAAAACGUUGCUGGC